CCAAAAAACAUUCAAUAUGAUGCUUAUAUUAUUAGAGGCAGCACUGUAUAUGGUACUCUAUACACUGCAUAUAUAAUUUUGCCAGCAUUGGAGUUUUGUACCCUUGUGCAUUUUGUGUAAAUUUUGAUGUUCACUUUUUUAUUAUGGAUAUUGAUUUAAAAAGUCAUUUUACAUUUAGUAAGUAGUUUUUUCAAGCUGCAUUUUUCAUAAUUUAUUAAAACAAUGAAAACAAAUAAGAACAAAAACAUGUACUUGUGGGUAGACUGAUAUUUUAUUAAUAUAAUAUAAUUGUAUGUUUCAAGAAUUCAAAUAUCUGCAGUCAUAUAGCUAAACAAUAGACGAAAAAGCAAUUCAAACACGCGUAUGACUCACAACACUCAUGCACAGGUUUUGUUGGAGCAUUGUGUUUGGUGUAACAGUGCAGUAUUAUUCUAGGCUUUGUACGACCAUGUAUUGUUCCUAUGGCUUCUUUUGUUGGAGAGGUGGUGAUGAGGCUGCAUCCUCUCUUUAUGCUGACACAAGCCUACAUGAACGACACAAGCCUGAUAUGGCCAGAUGACUGAGCCAGAGAGAGGGAGCAAGCAAGAGAUACAGAGAACGUGAGAGGAACAGGAUCAGGAGCUCGGGAGGGCAGAGACCAGAAAUGGACUGAGCAGUCUUGGCUAGCAAAUGUACAUUUAUAUACACACAUCUCAAGUACAGAAACCCAGGCCCAGGGCUGAGAACAGAUAUGCAGGAGUCACCAGGUUCCAUAGGUGUGGAUGGAGGCUAUGCCAACAACGUGCCAGCAUUCCUCACCAAGCUGUGGACACUGGUGGAAGACCCGGAGACCAACCAUCUCAUCUGUUGGAGCACUACUGGUACCAGCUUCCAUGUGUUUGACCAAGGCAGGUUUGCCAAAGAGGUUCUGCCCAAGUACUUCAAGCACAACAACAUGGCCAGCUUUGUGCGCCAACUCAACAUGUAUGGCUUCAGGAAGGUGGUGAACAUUGAACAGAGUGGGCUGGUGAAGCCAGAGAGAGAUGAUACAGAAUUUCAGCACCUGUACUUCCUCCAAGGCCAUGAGCAUCUGCUAGAGCACAUCAAGCGCAAGGUGUCUAUAGUAAAAACUGAGGAGACUAAAUUCAGGCAGGAGGAUUUAAGCAAGCUUCUGUAUGAAGUACAGGUGCUUCGCAGCCAACAAGAGAACAUGGAGUGCCAGAUGCAAGAUAUGAAACAGCAGAAUGAAGUACUGUGGAGGGAGGUGGUGUCACUGAGACAGAACCACACACAGCAGCAGAAAGUUAUGAACAAGCUGAUACAGUUCCUGGUCAGCCAGAUGCAGACGAGCCCUCCCAGCACGGUGGGAAUGAAGAGAAAAUUGCCCCUGAUGUUGGAUGAUGGCUCCACCUCUCCUCCUAUCUCCAAACUCAGUCACAGCCACUCCAUGGAGUCAAUACAAGAGGCCUUCUACAUCCAAUCGCCAUCCACAGAAGCUGUCUCCUGUUCCACUAGCAACACUUUGACAGUAGGGCCGAUCAUCUCUGAUGUUACUGACAUGUCACAGCCUAGUGCCAUGGCUAUUCAAAUGGAGGAAGCACGGGAAAGAUGUCCAAUGAUUAUUAAGGAAGAGCCAGUGAGUCCAGGUGUGCACAGGUGGAGUGAGGAGGUUUCUUGUGGUGUGUGUACUGAACCUCCUGUUCUCCCCUUGGCCAUGGUACAAUCCGUCCUAGAGGGCCGAGGAUCAGGUGCUGCAGAGAGGAGGGCCAAGAGGACCAUGGACAGGCCAGAAAAUUCUGAAACUGUUGAAAAUGUGGACAUGAGCUUUGAAGAACUACAGCUGCUCCUGAGAAACCACCAGCAUAGUAUAGAGUCCAGCUCUGCCAGUGUGGAUACAUUCACAUUUAGCAUGCCCAUGAAUGAGUGGAACUUCACAGAGAUGGACCCAAAUCUCAAAUCAGAGUUGGCCAACAUCCUUGUCCCUGCUGCUAUGUCUCAGUACAUGUUCCAGUGUCAGGAGGGUGAAGUGUGCAAUACUAAUGGCUGUGAGGAACAGUAAGAACCUGACAUUGCAUCUGGCACAAGUUCCUCUUCCUGGACCGUCAGGUAUUACCUGCAGUUCAAAACAUUUUAUUUCGGAUAGCUUUAAUUCUAGCUGACAGCAUUGUCUAGCUAUGCAGCAGCACUAAAACUAAAAUAAGCUGCUCUGGUUUGGGGAAGGGAGGAAUCUGCGAAGUUUAAGGCAAACAUUUCUAUCUAGUGAAUAAAAUAGCCACAGUGACAUGAUGGGUCUGGAUUUACUGGUAUAAAUAACAUAUUUUUGUGUGGCUGGUAGAAAAAGAUGCCUAUUUCACAUAGUUCUAAUUCCAUACAUUCCAGGCUGCUGGGGGAGUUUCCUUCUGGAGUAUUUCUGACCGAUUUUGUGGUAUAACACUGGAUUAUUCCACAGUGUACCAAUUUCAUACAUUUCUUGCACAAUUGUUUAUGUGAUCUAAGGUGCAAAGGAUAAUGGCUGCAGUGGGAGAUCAGUGUCACCAGUAUAGAAAUUGGUGGCUUUGAUAGCAGUACAGUAGGAAAAGCAUUGUGGUUAAAUCCAAAUAAAAGAGAACUAUAACAAAGGUUUGCAAAGGAAAUAUAUUGCAAGUCAUUUUUGUAACACCAUGGUGCAGUUGCUUUUGGCCCUUAAAGAGAAAAUGUCCAUGACACGAGAUUCCCUGGGAACAGAGAUCUUACAGACUUCUAGUUAUAGGAGCCAUAUCAAUGGAGCAUGAAAUGAUUUGGUCUGUUGAAACUAAUGGGAAGGGAAGCUUAGCUUUCUCAAAUGCAUUUGCCCAGGUUCAUAAAACCACCUGGGAAAGUUUCAGGAAGCAUUGGCUGAUCUCCUUUCCUUGGUUAAUAUUGGUGGGAGUCUUUACUAAGUUUAAUUUAUUUCAAAGAAGUGGUCUUCAAAGACCACAAGAUAGACAGAAGGAGUUAUGCAGGAUACAUUUUAGUGCACCAAAACACAAAGUUAUGUUUAAAUCAGGACACAGACUGACCAAACCUCCAAAGUAUGAUUCACCAGAAGUGCUGGAGUCUUGAAAAAUAUGUGGUCAGUGGUAGGAUGGUUUAUCCCUUUAAAAUUAAAUCAGUGGUGCUCUGUAACAACAGAUCUGUGGCUACUGAGCACUUUGUCCACAGGGUUUUGUGUACAGUUGCCUUGUCCACCACCACCAAAUACAGGAGUCAAAUUCUAUCCCAUAGAGACCUUGAAGAAGACCUUAAGAAGACCAUGUCUUCUUAAAAUGGCGUUCCAUAUCCUGAGCACACCAGAUACAGGCUGUAAACUAGAACAAAAACGUUUAUGUCCAUUCAGCUGAAUGGUGCAUAUUUCCACAUUAAUUGCUGUGGAACAUAUUUUCACAUCACACAUCUCUUCUUCAACAUAAGUGAGGUGAUAUAACCAUGCAGAGACCUGCCCUUCACUCUAGUGCCCAAGAUGUUAAUUAAGUGGAUGUGUACCUUCCUAUCUGUAUUGCCUGUGAUACUGACAGUAUAGCACAAGUAACAAGACAGAUGGAGCUCCCGAUAUUAAAUAUAGAGGAUUUAUGGCUAAUAAGCAAUCACAAGAAAAUUUUAAUAAAAGUCAGUGCAGUCUUGAGUGGAAAAACCUGAAUGUGAAGGAUAGAGGAGAACAGGGCUUGAUAUCAGCAUAUCAUUGUGUGUGGCUGUUGUGCUGUGUGGCUAAUGCCAUUUCCAGGAACCUCUAAGUCGCUUAUAUAUAUUAGUAUGGAAAGACAAUACUAGGAUUGUGUUCUACUUCAAACAGCAAGGGGGCACAAAAUUACAAAUUAUAUUCAGGUAGUCAAGCAAGUACUGAGGGUAGAGGCCAACGGACAGUGGAUAGUUGAAUCCACACGAAGAUGGUUCUGCUAAAUCAGAGCACCAGAUCUGAACAGACAGACAGCUUACUGUGCAGUGUAGUUCAUGGACAGUAUCGAGACAAGGGUUCUGGUCCUGAAACACUGGGCAGUCCUUUGCAGAGUUACAUGUUGUGCAAAUUCAUCUGGCUAGCACUUGCACUUUUCCAGAACUACUUUUAUAGAUAUUUAGGGUAUACACUGAGGGGAAAGUACACACUUUUGUUUUUGUUUAUUUCAAUGUACUUCCAGUAUAUGUAUCUAUAUAUUUAUUUAUAAUUUGCACACAAAAUAUCUUUUGACUGUGUAUGAAAAAGAUGUAUUUAUAAACUACAAACUACAUGACAGUCACAGUUAUGAGUUUUUGGACAUCCCAUUCCAAAACCAUUGAGAAUAUUAUCAGGUUGGGCCUCUUUUGGCUUCUGUAACAGCCUCCACUCUACUGUGAAAGCUUACUGCAAGAUUUUGGCAUGUGUCUGUGUGAAUUUUGGCCCGUUCAGUCCAAAGAAGAUUUGUGAGGUCAUGCACUGAUCAGAUGAGCAAGCCUUGCUUGUAAUUGAAUUAACCAAUUCAUCCCACAAGUUGUUCACUGGGGUCGAUGUCCAUUUCCCCAAACUGUUGCCAUAAAUUGCCAGCACACUAAAAUGUAUGCUGUAGCAUUAACGUUACCUUCAUUGUAACUAAGGGGCCCAAACCCUUAAAAACAGCCCAGACAAGCAUUACUGUUGGCACUAUACAUUCUGGUAGGUUUAGCAGACUACCAGAUAAAGCGUGAUUCAUCACUCCAGAGAAUGUUUCUACUGCUCCCGAGUCCAGAGCUUUACAUCACCAGCUUUACAUCACUCCUAGAUGCUUCCAUGUCAUCAUAACAUCACUUACAGUUGACUGGAGUAGAGCUAGCAGAGAAAUGUGACUUGAGGCACUGUUUUAUGAAAGGGGCACGUUUAAAGAGUGUGUUGCUGACAACGCAAAGCCAUAGUUGGCAAUUACAUCUUCAAGAUUUCUUUGGUAAGAUGUAAUUGAUUUUUUUCAGUUUUGACCCAUGUCUUUUGAUGAAUUGUCUUUUAAAUAUCCAAGAUUAUAAGGGCCCAGUGAUGGACUCACGAUUUCAUAAUCCUCCAUAAGUCUUAGUUAGGCCAUGCAAGCUUCUUCUUUUUUCUUGAUGAAUGAGUCUGAGUCAUUUUGGCUGUAAGAUUGGGGUUAUUGCCUUGUUGAACAGUUCUUCUUCUCUCCAAAUUAUUUGGACACUGGAAUUAAAUUCUCCUCUAAUAUGUUCCUGUACAUCAUUCCAUCCAUGUGUCCAUGAUGUAAGAUGUCCAGUUUGCAGAGAAGCAGCCUUAUAUCAUGAUUCUCUCCUCUGUACUUCACAGUGGCUAUGGUGUUAUUUGGAUUCUAUGCUCCGAUUUGUCUAUGUGCUUGUGUGCAAACAUUAGCUGCACGUUUCUGUGCUUCUUUUUUAGCAGAGGAGUUUUAAGUGGGGUUUAGGAACAGCGAUGAUUGCAGUGUGGUUCAUUGCUUGUUGUUCUUUGUGUAACUGUUGUUUCUGCUGCUUUCAGGUCAUCCUGCAAAUCUUUCUGAGUGACUGCUGACUUCUCUUUUACCUUCCUUAUCAUUAGUGUGAGAGCGUGUUGUGAAAUCUUGCAUGGCGCACCUAUCCCGCGAUGAUUAGCUGUGGUUUCAUAAGAUUUUGAUCUGCAGAUUAUUGAACCAGCCGUACUGACAUGGAUGUUUAGGAUCUUGGCUAUGGCUCUGUAGGGUUUUUUACUGAAGGGUUGUUGUCCCUUUGGAAGCUCCUUAAUCUUUACCAUGAUUGUUGCUUUUUGUGUCUUCCUGACCAGUUUUUAAUAGACACCCAGUAUAAUUUGUGAGAACUUUAUUUGCAGCAGCAGCAUUUGCAUUUUAUAUUAAUGUGACCUUUACAUAUAUAUAUUAUAAAAUCAGUCUCAAAAUACUUUCACCUGUCAUUUCAAUUUUUAAACAUAUCUUUGUUUAUGCUUACAAAUACAUACAUACCUUACUGUUUAUAUUUAUAAGUACAAAGUGUGUGUACAUUUUUACCGGAUAUAUGCACUAAACAUAUAUAUUAAAUAACCAAAACAAAAGUGCCUAAAUACUUUGUUCUUCUCAUAGUAUAUCGUAGUUACACAGCAAUAACGCACAGGUGCAUUUCUCCAGGACAGAUCAAGAUUAAUUCAUUGGUGUUGAAUAGCAAAUUGUCCCACAUGCAGUUAUAAUACAAGGCCAAAAGCAAUCAGGGCAUUGAUAGCACCAUGUUGUAUUUUAGGGAGCAGCAAAGUUCCAUUACCCCAAGUGGUAGGACCUAUCACUGAGGGAACCACAUUGCUGCCAGUGUGGAGAUAUGCAUUAUUGUAUAAGAAUGUGGUCCAAAGUUGAAUGCACUUUACUAUGUGUUGGAGUUGCUGUAUGUAGAGUUGGCUUUUUCCUUAAUAUUACUUAGUUGUAAAUAUAAAUUUAUAUAUUUUCUUUUUUUUUCCAUUUCAUAUACUCUGUAUUUGUAUUUAAUUAUAUAUUUAUAGAAUUUACAGAAAUCAAUGAUACAAUCCUUUUUUGUCUAUAUUAUCGUAAGAGGUCUAGGGAUUUUCAGUGUGAAAUACAUGCAAAUACAUUUUGUUUUUUUUACUUAUUAGCAAACUAUAUCUGAAAUCAACAGAGGCAUCAUUGUCUAUGAUAUACAGUAUGCUCCAUUUCAGCUCCAUUUUAUGGUACAUGUCAUUGUUAGUCUUGGAUACAGUGAUACAGUAUACUCUAUUUGAUAAGUGAUACAGUAUACUCUAUUUGAUAAGUGAUACAGUAUACUCUAUUUGAUAAGUGAUACAGUAUACUCUAUUUUAGCUUGAAACAGUUUUUCCAAGCCCUUAAUAUUCAAAAUCAAUUAAUAUACUAAAGAUUUUACAGUUGAAUGUGAUAUAUUUAACAUUGUACUUGUGUGACUUUGUAAGUUAUUAUUCUUAAAACUUCACAGGUUAGGAAAAGCUCUGAUUUCAUUUUUUGAACAAAAUUCAGCUUAGUUUUCAUUAUCUUGUAUGAUAUGAUUCAUGCAUACACUGCUGAAUUUAUAUACACUCUUCCUCCAGAAUGUUUCAUUUUAGCAGCAGGAAAACUCAUUUGCAAUGCUAGUUGCGCCCCCACUGAUGUGUGAACGUAGUUUUAGUAGGAGAAAGAAUAUAAAAUCAGAAAAGUCAGAACAGCACACAAAGAGUGCAAUCCCACAAGCUUAUUAAAGGAUCAAUUAUAACUACAGCUCCAUUUACAUCUGAUCAUAUGUGAUACAACUCCAGUCUGGCAGAAAUGUUGAGGUUUUACAGCUAUCUGGACACAAGAUUAAAAAUUAGUAUAGCCAUCAACCAGUAAAACUAAUCCCAUCUGAAUAAGUCUAAAGUGAAAGUGUUUGCUACUAAAAAAGGAUCUUUCCUAGGCAGCCUUAUUAAUCCUAGAAAACCCUAGAUCUCUUACAAGCUUUUUUUCUUUUCUUUUAAGUAUUUAUUUCUGAAAAGUGCGAUAUGUGAUUUGUAUUAUUUGCCAAAGACACAAUACAUAUGUAACCACGGGUAUGUAUGGACAGACACACAGUAGUCCAGCUAUAUUACCUAGAUAAACAAUUGUUUAAAAAAAUGGCUGGCAUAAUAAUAAUAAUAAUUGCACUAAGAAUGGUUACUGUAUUAGAAAUAGCAUGGAUUGUUUUCAUGUUUAUUACAGCUGUUCUACUUUAAGAUGCUUUUUACACUGGUUUUGAAGAGAGUGUUUUUCUUUUUCAUUUUCUUUCCAUCCACUGUUGAUAUUUUCCUUUCUUUUUCAUUUGAUGAAUUGCACGUGUAAUUGAUAAAUGUAUUCUACUGUAAUGAAAUGGUCAGAAAUUCAACAAUCCUGCUUGCUGGUUUCAUAUAUGCACUUUUCCCGGAUUCAUUAAUGAAAGGACUGCUUAAAAAAGUGAUCAUUUAUUGCUGCUAUAUUUUCACACUGCACUUUUUCCGUCUGUAAUUACCAUCAGCAAAGUGUGUUGUGUUUAAACAUCUGAGCCAUGUACUCAUUAUACAUGAAAAAACAGAUAUGUCAAUACCGACAUACUGUAACAGACACUUAUUUUG